AUGGACGCUUUAUUUGACCGCCGCCCCCCGACAAAUCUCGAGGAUUUCAGACGCAAUCCGGUUGUAUUCUUAGCGAAAAGGGGUUAUUAUGCUGGCGUUACCCACUGUGAACCGCCAACAACACCCCGAAUUCAAGUGGUCGCUAUCUCUGAUACCCAUAAUCAUCAUGGGGAGGUGGCUUUAGUACCGGAUGGUGACAUUCUUAUACAUGCUGGGGAUCUCACGCAAUCUGGAACUCGCACAGAGAUGAUUUCAGCUUUACAAUGGCUGGCAGACCAACCACAUCCACACAAGAUAUUCAUUGCGGGCAACCAUGACCUGGGAUUAAAUGUUCCCAAGAAAGAUCUACACGACCUUCUAGAAGACUUCCCGGGCCUCGUAUACUUGGCCGAAUCAUCGGUUACAUUGACCAUUAAUACACGCACGGUCAGGAUUUAUGGCAGUCCCAUGACCCCGAAAUUUGGUUCUUGGCCCUUUCAAUACCCUCGUACUAAGCCUGAAGAUGCACACUGGGACAAAAUACCACUUGAUACCGACAUUUUAAUUACCCAUGGCCCACCAGCUCAUCAUGCGGAUCAUGGCAACGGGUGUGGGGCGCUUCUCAAACAGCUUUGGAGUGUCCGACCACGCCUUCAUGUAUUUGGGCACAUUCAUACUGCUCGGGGUAUUGAGCACGUCGCUUGGUCCGAUGCACAGGCUGCGUACGAGAGGAUAAUGACGAAUCAAUACUCUUGGAGAGAAUUUUUGGCUCUUCUCUGGGGAAUUUGGAGAGUAGACAAGGCGAAAUCAACUUUGAUAAAUGCAGCAUCUCUAGGGGGAUUUAGGGACGAAGAGCGACGGGAUGCGAUUGUCAUUGAUAUUUAA